AUGGGCACACUCCUGGGACACCUGGUUCCAGGCCUGGUCAUCUAUUCCAAUGGGCUCUACUAUGCAGUGGUGGUGUCCCGGGCCCUCCUGCGGGGCCAGGAGCAACUCUUCCCCCCACUGUCCCCAAAGCACAACCGAGGCCAGAGGUGGUGGCAACAAGCACGCAUGGAGGGAAUGGUGAAGGUAGGGGCUUUCUUGAUCCUGAUCUUUGGAGAGUUCUUCUUCCCACCUGGAACCAACUGUUUCCCCAUGGUGGACUGGAAGGACCCUCAGCAGCCUUUCCAGAACCACAAUUCAUGGGAGCAUGCCACCAUUUUUGGGUUCUUCCUGCUCAGUGGCCUGGUGGACCUCGUAAGCCAGGUGUGGCUGGCACAGCAGAGCAUAAAGCUAGAGCAAGCAGGCACAAUCUUGGCCUUGGUUGUGCUGUUGCUGCAAAUGGUGGCCCACAUUGAGCACAAGAAUGCCCUGGAGAUCCGUGUGCACAGCCUGCUGUUGCUCCCUGUCUUCCUGCUGGCCCUGGUGCUCACCACUGAGGUCUGGGUCCCUAGCCAGCCCUCGCUCUGGGUGUUCAAGACCUGGUUGCUGCUGGUGUUUGGCUCCUGGAUGCUGCAGAUGACCUCAGUGUUGUACACUCCACUCUCUGGACAGCCCUGGCGGGCUGAAGACCCCAUGGACCUCGCCUUCCUCACCAUCUUCUUCUGCUGGCACUUGGCCUUACAGGCUGCUGUGCUGGCUGCCAUCUAUGCCCUCUGCAGCCUCUGGCACCGCCGCUGCUCCUCCUAG